AUGGAGUCUUGCUUUUCUUCAGUUGUUGGCGUUUCCACGCACCCAGAAGUCCAGAAAACCCUAGUCCUGCACAGACAUUUCCGGGAGGGUUUGAGCAAGCCAAUGAUGCCAAAAAUGGAAUCUAAUUACCAUUUGAAUAGGUUUUUGAGAGAAGAAGAUCAAACGCCCUUGCAACGUCUUCCGUACAGAGUCUUGAAAGAAGCAGAUAUCAGUCAACGCCAGCUUCAUGACAUUACAGAGGUUUGCUCCACACUGUCUGUGUCAAGAUCCGCCGCGAUCAUCUUGCUACGCCACUGUAAUUGGAAUGUCAGCAAGCUGUUCGACAACUGGUUUGAUGAGGAGGACGAGGUUCGAAUCACGGUGGGUUUGUUUAAGAACCCACCCGUUGAUCAAUUCUCUACUGAUGGUUCAUUUACUUGUGAAAUUUGCUUUGAAACGUUUCCUGGUGGCGAUGAUUUUGAUGAUCAAAGAAUUAGCUCCACCUUUUGUGAUCAUUUCUAUUGUAGAGCAUGUUGGGUUGGUUAUAUUAGCAAAUCAAUUGCCAACGAUGGCCUGGGAUGCUUGUCUCUGAAAUGUCCUCAUCCAUGUUGUGGUGCUGCUGUUGGUGAAGACAUGAUCUUUGUGUUGGUAGCAGAGAGUGCCGACAAGGACAAGUAUUUGAGGUACCUGCUGAGGUCUUAUGUGGAAGACAGUUACAGGAAGAGGAAGAUAAAGUGGUGCCCUGCUCCUGGUUGUGACCAUGCUGUGGAUUUUGUGGAUUAUGUUGAUGGCAGUGGAGGAGCUUGUGAUGUUUCUUGCCUCUGCUCAUAUAUAUUUUGUUGGAAUUGUAACGAGGAAGCUCACAGUCCGGUGAAAUGCGAUACUGUGGCAAAGUGGAUGUUGAAGCAUAAGGAUGAGUCUGAAAAUAAGAAUUGGAUUAUUGUAAACACCAAGCCUUGUCCAGAGUGCAAGCGACCCAUUGAGAAAAACCAAGGAUGUAGCCAUAUGAGAUGCAGGGCGCCUUGUAAGUUUGAAUUUUGCUGGAUAUGCCUCGGACCGUGGGGCAGUAGCCAUUCUUGUAACUCGUACCUGCAGGGGGUGAAGAAUGAGAGUGAUAAAAGGAAAAAGGUGGCGAAGUUGAAUUUAGACAGAUACAUUCAUUAUUAUGAGCGUUGGGUAGCUAACCACGAGUCUAGGAAAAAAGCUCUUGUAGAUUUUCAGCUUGUGCAAGAUGUUCAUUUAAAGAAGCUCGAUCGGAAAUACAGGCAAACUAAUCCGAUUCUCAGUUUCAUAACAGAGGCCUGGCAGAAGAUAAUCGAAUGCCGGCGGGUGCUGAAAUGGAGCUAUGCAUAUGGGUACUAUAUCCCUAAGCAUGAGCAUGGUAAGAGGCAGUUUUUUGAGUACUUGCAAGGUGAGGCAGAGUCUGGCUUGGAAAAGCUCCAUUAUUGUGCAGAAGUGGAACUAGAAGAGCAUAUCAAUGCCAAUAAACCCAUUGAAGAUUUCAUCGAAUUUCGAACAAAGCUAGUCCAACUGACUGUUUUGAUUGGAAAUUACUUCAAGAACUUGGUGAGAGCGAUGGAGAAUGACCUUCCGGAGAUAAGCUCUUAUGGGGAUUAUUGGUCUUGUUAUAUCUGUACCCAUGUCAAUGAGGGUUCUGCCACCAUGUGUGUGAUGUGUUCUUCACAGUCGCCAGUGUAUGGCGAGGUCUAA